AUGUUGUCGACGAGAUACAUCGAACCUAGGACCGACGCGGGUGCACGACCUACAGCGACUGGCGAAUCAUGCAUUAAACUCAGCGACGGCGAACUCAUCACCUCCCGAACGGCCUUCAUAACCUCACUCACCGUCUGCAUCUUCAUCACGGGCGUCUCACUCCUCGCACUCACGGUCCUGCUCUAUCGAGAAAUCAAUCGGCGCCGCGAAAUCAAAGCCGCAAGAACCUGGGGCCGUCAAUCUCGACUCGGAAAUCGAAUCUCAAUGCUGCGAAAAGAAGUGGACGAUUCUUUCAAGCGACGAUACGCAGGCUGUUUAGUCAACGAGCCGGAGAAUCCUGAAAUGGGAAGCGAUAGUCCUGUUGAGAUCAUGCACCACGAAAGGGUUUGGGAGGCUCCUGCUGUGCCUGCGAAAGUUCACCAGGGGAGGAUGAAUGCGAGGAAGAGUAAAGUUGGGAGUUUGUUCUUUGAUCAUGGGAUUGGACUCUGGAUGCCGAAGCGAUGA